AUGGCAACGGUGCGUCCUUCUCAACCACGGACUUCCACUGGACAUUUGCCAGGACCGAUUUACGGGAGUGGAGGCUACUUGGACUACGCAUACGGGACUGGUGCACCACUUUGGAAAUCCUUAUGGAAAAUCAGGGUUUCUCAAAAUUUUAUACGGAAACACCUAGGCCUUGCCCACCCAUACGGCGCUCUACGAAAUGUUGGAGUCGGUGGACCUCACGCUCCCUUGCUGCUUCAGCUGGAUUCCACGCAGAUCUUGGCCUUUACCCUUCGCUUGCAGGUCUGGGUGGACUGUCUCCUUAUGUUGGACCGUACGCUGCUGGUGCUGGUUUUGGAAGAUUCAACGCUGCUUAUGGACGAAAUACCCCAAAUGUUGCUUUUGGUUCUCGCACCUCAACCAGUAUAUAAAGCAAACGCCGUUCUCGGGGACAGAGCAGUCGCUGCAGGUGAAGUCAACAGAAUGAUAGCUUUCCUUGUCACCGUGAGCGCCGCCCUCUUAUGCUCACACGCCGUCGCUGCGAGUAGCUACUUGGGACUUGCCCAGGGAACGCCACUCGGAGGAUUUUCGCAACAUGGCACUUUUCACGGUGGCUUGAUCCCCAGUGGUCUUUAUGGCAACGGUGCGUCCCUUGUCAACCAAGGACUUCCACUGGGACAUUUGCCAGGACCGAUAUACGGGAGUGGAGGCUACUUGGACUACGCAUACGGCACUAGUGCUCAUUUUGGAAAUCCUUAUGGAAAAUCAAGGUUUCUCAAAUAUUUAUACGGAAACCCCCUUGGCCUUGCCAACCCAUACGGCGCUCUACGAAAUGUUGGAGUCGGUGGAGUGAACGAGGCUGAGGAUGAAACAUCUGCCUCUGGAUCAGGUGCUACAGGCGGCUGAUUUCCAACAAUCAAAUCGGCGAUUCCACUCUAUCUGGAAUUAGUGGUUUACAUUCCAGUCCCAUUACUGGCUUGGAUGGCUUCCAUUCUGCUCUUCUUCCACACACUUCCAGUGUUGCUUUAGGAACACACCCUUAUGCUCUUGGACCUCAUACUUCCAUUGCUGCUCUGGGAGGAUUCCCAUAUGCUGCUGGACAUCACGCCUCUCUUUCUGCCUUUAGUGGAAUCCUCCCUAAUAUUGAAGCUGCAGGCCAAUUCCCUUAUGGUCUUAAGCCUCACACUCCCAUUGAUUAUUUAACUGGAUUCCCUUAUUCAGGUGGUCCUCACGCUCCCAUUGCUGCUUCAGCUGGAUUCCACGCAGGUCUUGGCCCUUACCCUUCGCUUGCAGGUCUUGGUGGACUGUCUCCUUAUGUUGGACCGUACGCUGCUGGUGCUGGUUUUGGCAGAUUCAACGCUGCUCUUGCACGAGAUACCCAAAAGGCUGCUUUAAGAUCUCGUAGCUCAGCCAACACGUCUUCAAUGAAUACAAAAAAGCAGGAAGCAAAGAAGCAAUAACUUUAUCAGACAGGCAAAAUUGCAAAGAAACUUUUAGAGUUUUCUGAGAAUAAAAUUACUUUCAUUACUUA